AUGGCGAACAGCCAUCAAGAAAUCCAGGACUACCGCGAAGAAUGCAUCUUUGCAGCCACGCGACGUCGGAACAAGGACCGAAGCGGCCACAGUCUUGAAAGAAUCCAGGCCAGACUGUCGCGCAUCGAAAACUUAUUGCCACGGUCAAACAGAUCGUCACCUGCUCAAAUGCAUGAGAGGGGGCCAGAGCAAGGCUCUUCUCAGGAUGGAGAGAUGGAAAAUCCUGUUCAGCAACUCCGAUCCCCCUUGCCGGUCGACGAAGUUGCGGUCGCGGUUCACGCGCCAUCUGCUACCCCAACGGCGCGGAUUCUACCUGGUGCCAGCGAAAAUAGUGCAUGGCUCCCACCAACACCCUCUAUGACCACGGCGCAAAGCACUGGCGAGGACGAUGGUAGUUGUUGCGUUCCGCCAGAAGAAGAGAUGAGUUACGAAUAUCAUGGAAAAGGUUCUUUCUUGUCCAUAUGUUCGAAGUCGGGAAUUGAGUGGGUGUGCCAGAAGACAGGGAGCUCCGACUUCGCCAAAACGGCACGACAGUUUACCUACGAGACUUGUCGACGGCUGAAGUUGGAGACGAUACAAACCCGAGAUCGAGAACCCGAGCCUGCCCCCGAAGACGCUUGGAGGUAUACACAGGCCUUUUUUGACGAAUGCGCCGAGGGAAUGAUUGGCUUGAUCCACCGUCCCAACUUUGAGGCCCGGCUCCGGGCUCAGUUCGAGCAAGGCCAGCCAUCGUCUGCAGACCAGGACCCCGCCUGGUACGCACUACGAAACGUAGUCUAUGCCACAGGCUGGCGGCUACUUUCAUGGAAACAUCGGUUUCGCGGAUUUCGCUUCGACGAAGGCGCGGGCUGGAAGUAUUUCCGCAAUGCUCUCUCGGUCCAUUCCGAGCUGUUGUAUUGUAGAACCAGUCUGAUGGCGAUACAGGCACUCGGUUCAAUGAGCAUCUAUGUGGAGUCCAUUGGAACUCCUUCGGUUGACUACAUGCUGUGUGUGAAUGCGAUGAAGCUGGCAGAGUCGAAAGGUCUCCACCGGCAGCCUGCCAAUGCAUGGAACUUGUCUCCAAGCGCCGUCCGGCUUCGCAGCCGAUUGUGGUGGGCAAUCUACAUCUACGAGCGACAUAUCGCCUUUCGAUCUGGCCGGCCUUUGUCAAUUGAAGACGACGAGAUCACCUGUCAGUUACCGAGCGGGCAACGGGAUGAUGAUUCGGGACACCUCGAAUACUUGUGCUCCGCCGCUCGACACGCGCAGAUAUCGGCACAGAUAGCGAGAAGGUUGAAGACCCUGAAAAACUGCAAUCCGACCUUUGAGGACAUCGUCAAGACCAUGGGCGAACUGCAAGAAACGCUCGAAAAGUGGUUCAACGACUCCCCGGCGUCUGUCAAGAUCGACCCCGUCACCUCGACAGUCCCACCCGAUUGCCACCCCCAUCUAGUUGUGUAUCUUCUGUUUGCGUAUUAUGGAAGUCUGAUCUCCAUCCACUCGCUCCUGGUCCACCCAUGGAAUGCCAUACCGCUGAAUUUGGGCCCUCACGAGAAGGAAAAGGUCCGAAGCCAGGUCCACAAAAGCACGGAGGUCGUUGUUGGGGCAUCACGCAACAUCAUUCGCAAUUCGCGCCUCUUGCACAUCUCCCCAUCCUCACCAAAAAGCCUUGUCUACGUCUUCCCUCUAUGGGCCCUGAUCAGCCUCUUUGUGCACGUCUUGCAGUACCCAGAGAGAUCUACAGUGGACUCAGAUAUCGAGCUCAUGUACAUGGUCUCAGGGAGACUGAGUUACUUGGAAUUCGCCUCUGCCGAUCUUCAGUUCCCCUUUGCCCGAGAUCUUACAAACUUGGCAAGCAUGGCAGUCGCAAAGGCCAGAGCACACAGAGGUGCUCUAGAGAAGUCCAAAUCAAAAUCAGACCACGAGACUGCCGGACAGACUGUGCUUGAUAUUCAACCGUCGGACCUGGGGCUGGAUGCUGGACUCCCUCCGCUGGAGGAUACCGCACUCCUCAAUCCGAUGGACUGGGACGAUGAGAGGUGGGGCACCCUACUGUGCUGGCCCGAUUCCGGCAACUCCCCUCUAAUCGAUAUCAUGGCAAAUCUCGACGGAGGGGCAGAUUUUAGUCACUAUGUUUGA